AUGCCCGCCACCAAACGCACGCUGCCAAAAGCCAUCCCUGCCGCCGAAGAAUCCCCAACCGAAAGGAGCAAAGCUGUUGCUAUGGACGGCAACGCCUUAUCAGAUCUGUCCAAUGAAGAGGAAUUCUCUGAUAAUUCAGCUGGCCCAAAUUCAUCCACAUUUCAUGCGCCUGAUCAUUCGUCAUGUAGCAUUUCUAAGACACCGAACAAAUCCGUCGACAUGGUACAUGCUCAACACUCCCCUGAAAUUGCACCGGAAUCAUCUCAAUCCUCAACGCUGCUCAACGAUUCCACUGAAGACUUAUAUGCAGAUACAGAGAAAAACGGUAACACAAUAACAGCAAUCACUUACCCAACCCCAGAUGAACACCCGAUAGAAGCGGACACCACCGACAACAGCUCCACCAUCGCUCUCGACGAGACUCUUCUGAGAUCCUUCACCACAGACAUUAGACUCCGGAUCCAAAGCUUCGCUAAUUUUGCAGACCCUGCCACUCUGACAUACAGCAUUAACAAACUACCAUCUAUCGACACCUGGGGACAAACUAAACACAAGAAGAACUGGUCAUACUACAUCUGUGACAAGACCACCAACAAACCUUAUACCGUUUGGAUCGUAGGAAAAAUAUCAAAGGUCUGGUUAUUCGGUGGCGGCCCUCAAGGUGCCCCAAAAGCACACAUCAACAUAGCUGUUGAGCCUUUUGGCAUCAACUCACUCACUAUGUAACAGCAACUUGUAGGAAACUUACAUCAACCCCCCCAAGACAUGACAAAUAAUGGUUGAAAUGACAUCCUUGUGUCCCGCCACCAAACUCUGUUUGAUGAAGAUGGAAAAAUGCAAAGCCCUAUUCCUUUUACGUCGGUUUAUGAUGC